AUGCAGGCCCUCUCGCCGCGCCUCAAAAAGAUUCAGGCCGAUUACAAGGACAACCCAGCCGUGCUCAAUCAGAUGACCGCACAGCUGUACAAGGACGAGCAGAUCAACCCACUCGCCGGCUGCCUGCCCGUCCUGGCCCAGAUUCCGGUCUGGAUUGCUUUGUAUCGCUCCGUGCUUAACCUCGCCAGCGACGACUUGUUGAAGGAGUCAUUCCUCUGGUUGCCCAGUUUGCAGGGGCCCGUCUCCAAGACGGGGCAGGGGCUCAACACAUGGCUCUAUCCGCUAGUCAAUGGUGCCCCGCCUAUCGGAUGGCAUGACGCCCUCUGCUACCUAAUUCUCCCCGUAAUCUUGGUGGCGUCCCAGUUCUAUUCGCAAAAGCUUAUCCAGCCGCCCUCGGAUGACCCACAGCAGCAACAAACCGCAAAGAUUUUGAAGUUCAUGCCACUGCUUAUCGGGUGGUUUUCGCUCAAUGUACCGUCGGGACUCGGUGUAUAUUGGGUCACCAACAACUUACUGUCCACCGCACAAACUGUUUAUAUUCGGAGUCAGUUACCGGAGCUUGCAAAGGCUGCCAUCACACCAGUCCCGAGUGAGACUGUGGCGAGUAGCGACGUGCUACCAAGCUCCAGUACUUUGGAUGAGGCGGACGGUUUCCGAAGUAAUGGCGCCCCGACGAAGACUACGAAACCUAAGUCGAAGAAACGCCGCAAGAGAAGAUAG